CAUGACCCGGAAGCGAUGCUUUUGGUCUCACCCCGGAAAUGGUUCUUUGUACCUUCCGCUCCUGCUGCCGGCGUUGUUUCUGCAGCCAUGAAACCUAUUUUGUUGCAAGGCCACGAGAGGUCAAUUACUCAGAUCAAGUAUAAUCGGGAAGGUGAUUUGCUUUUUACAGUAGCAAAAGAUCCGAUUGUUAAUGUUUGGUACUCUGUCAAUGGUGAGAGACUUGGCACAUACAGUGGCCAUACUGGUGCAGUUUGGUGUGUGGACGCUGAUUGGGACACAAAACAUGUCUUGACCGGCUCAGCAGACAACAGUUGUCGGCUCUGGGACUGUGAAACAGGAAAACAACUUGCUUUAGUCAAGACCAACUCAGCUGUGAGGACUUGUGGUUUUGACUUUGGAGGGAAUAUCAUCAUGUUUUCCACAGAUAAGCAAAUGGGCUACCAAUGUUUUGUGAGCUUCUUCGACCUUCGAGACUCCAGCCAGCUUGAGGACAAUGAACCUUACAUGAAGAUCCCCUGCAGCGAGUCCAAAAUUACCAGUGCAGUUUGGGGUCCCCUUGGAGAAUUCAUCAUUGUUGGGCAUGAGAAUGGGGAGUUGAAUCAGUUCAGUGCAAAGUCAGGAGAGGUCCUCAUGAACGUCAAAGAACAUACGAAACAGAUCAAUGACAUCCAGACUUCCAGAGAUAUGACAAUGUUUGUCACUGCCUCCAAGGAUAACACUGCCAAGCUCUUCGAUUCCACAAAUCUUGACCACCUAAAGACAUUCCGAACAGAACGGCCGGUGAACUCGGCAGCGCUUUCCCCCAUCUUUGAUCAUGUGGUGUUAGGCGGUGGACAGGAAGCCAUGGAUGUGACAACCACCUCCACCAGAAUUGGAAAGUUUGAGGCCAGAUUUUUCCACCUGGGUGUUGAGGAAGAGUUUGGAAGAGUCAAAGGCCAUUUUGGGCCAAUUAACAGCGUUGCUUUCCACCCUGAUGGGAAGAGUUACAGCAGUGGCGGAGAGGAUGGCUACGUCCGCAUCCAUUACUUUGACCCCCAAUACUUUGAAUUUGAGUUUGAAGCUUGAUCUGGCUACUUCCUUGUCCUCUGAUGCGUCUUCGGUCUUUGCACUUCCAGCAGGAUGGAAAUCUUGCUUGUCCUGAGUGAUGCUUAAGGGCAAGAAUCAAACUGAAGCGGAGGAUGACCUGCUGCAGCUGCUGGUUCUCUGUGGGAGAAUCUCUCUACUUGUACACUGUUGGAACAGCUGCAGUUGCCCUAUUUAUAAUGUGAGGCAGGGAUAAUAAAUUCUUCCUUUACGAACAUGAAAAGAAA